AGCUUGGAUUUUUUCCGCCGGGCGUCCCCCGGGAGGCAGUCGCGGAGUGGGGGAGGGGAGGGCGGAGCGCGAGGACGCGGUUCAGUCGGCUGCUGCGCUACUUUUGGUCCCGGCUCGGCUGGGAGGCCGCGGCUGUCGCAUCAGAGCUGACGUGUGGGCGACGUGGGGCCGCCGCCGCCGCCGGCGCCGGAUUGCUGGGCGGCGGCGCCGCUCCUGAGCGGCGGUCGGGCUCGCCGUCUCCACCUCCUCCCGUCCGUAAUCAGUGACGAGGUCGGCUACGUAAAUCCCAUCGCGGCGGGAUAAAUAAAGAAGAAAACAGAGAAGGAACAAAGCAUUGAUUACAAAUGUCUUAAUAAUGAGCAAAUGUGGCAGGAAAAAAUAUAUUAAGACAAAUCUAAGACAAAUGACCAUGGAAACAAUUGAAUCUCAUCAGGAUGGAAGUGUAACAGAUUCUGUGGCAGAGAGCGAAUCUGCUCAUAUGCAGACCCAGACUGAUCAAAAUUCAAUCCCUACUUUAGCUCAGGUUUCUGUAGCUGGAUCAGGCACCGGAAGAGGCUCCCCAGCUGUAACUCUCGUACAGUUACCUUCGGGCCAGACCGUACAUGUGCAGGGAGUGAUUCAGACACCACAGCCGUUGGUUAUUCAGUCGCCACAAAUACAAACUGUUCAGGUAGCAACAAUUGCAGAGACAGAUGAGUCUGCAGAAUCAGAAGGUGUAAUUGAUUCUCAUAAACGUAGAGAAAUCCUUUCACGAAGACCCUCUUAUAGAAAAAUACUGAAUGAACUUUCCUCUGAUGUGCCUGGUGUUCCCAAGAUUGAAGAAGAAAAAUCAGAGGAAGAAGGAACGCCACCUAACAUCGCUACCAUGGCAGUACCGACUAGCAUAUAUCAGACUAGCACGGGGCAAUACAUUGCUAUAGCCCAAGGUGGAACAAUCCAGAUUUCUAACCCAGGAUCUGAUGGUGUUCAGGGACUGCAGGCAUUAACAAUGACAAAUUCAGGAGCUCCUCCGCCAGGUGCUACAAUUGUACAGUACGCAGCACAGUCAGCUGAUGGCACACAGCAGUUCUUUGUCCCAGGCAGCCAGGUUGUUGUUCAAGAUGAGGAAACUGAACUUGCCCCAAGUCACAUGGCUGCCGCCACUGGUGACAUGCCGACUUACCAGAUCCGAGCUCCUACCACUGCUUUGCCACAGGGAGUAGUGAUGGCUGCCUCGCCGGGAAGCUUGCACAAUCCCCAGCAACUAGCCGAAGAAGCAACACGCAAACGAGAGCUGAGGCUAAUGAAAAACAGGGAAGCUGCUAAAGAAUGUCGACGUCGAAAGAAAGAAUAUGUAAAAUGUCUGGAGAGUCGGGUUGCAGUGCUGGAAGUUCAGAACAAGAAGCUCAUAGAGGAACUUGAAACUUUGAAAGACAUUUGCUCUCCUAAAACAGAUUAGUAGAAAUAUUUAACUAUGAACUGAUUACAACAUGUACAGUUGCUUUUGAAGGCAAUACAAUAUAUAGCCAGCAAGAAUUAUGGUUUUUUUCCUUUGUAUCAUUCAUCGUAUUCUCUAACCUCUGACAUUCCUAAAAUGCUUCACUGUAGUUAACUCUUAGCUGUAACUUCAAUUUUUUAAAAAGAGACAAGCUGUAAAAAAAAAAAAAAUGUAUGUAACAAAUUCUUAAAAUGCAAUAUUUGUAAGACUUGUUCCAAUGCCACAUAUUUGCAGUACCCAACCUCUGUGUCAUGAAUAGUGUCCUAUGCAAUAAAAUUUUUUGCAGGUCUUUAAAAAUUAUUUUAGGAAAGGAUGAUCAAAGAUAAUGCAUCCAGCAGUACAAUAAAAGCAAACCACAAAAUAUACCUCAGGAAAGAAUUGAAAGAAAGAAAAAAAUCGAAAUAAUCUAAUAAUAUGCCUAUAUGAAAAGAAAAAAGAGCCUAUAAAUGAAUUUAUGGCAUUUGCAGAUUUUUAUAUUAGUUGCUUUGUAAAGAAAGUAUUGUAUUGCUGUCCUUGAAUGCCAUAGUUGAAGAGGGUUUUUAAUAGAACCAUGUUGGUUACA